AGUUCAAAAACAGGGAGGGCACCGUGUUUCCAGAAUGCGUCUCACAUAGUAUUUACAUAAUAAAUAUCUAUGAGCUUUUAAUUUUAGUGUGGUAUGAAAUCGAGUUCUGACUUAGACAAAGACUUAUCUUUGUGGAAUCCCGUGCUUUUUUUUUUUUUUUGUCGUCGUCCUUUUCGAUAGCAGGAUGUACAUCAAGUCGGUCGUCCUCGAGGGCUUCAAGUCGUACGCGCAGCGGACGGAGAUCAACGGCUUCGACCCGCUCUUCAAUGCCAUCACGGGUCUCAAUGGCAGCGGCAAGUCCAACAUCCUCGACUCCAUCUGCUUCCUCCUGGGCAUCUCCAAUUUAUCACAGGUGAGAGCGUCGAAUCUGCAGGACUUGGUGUAUAAAAACGGCCAGGCCGGGGUCACGAAAGCGACCGUCUCCAUCACGUUCGACAACAGUGACAAGAAGCAGAGUCCGCUGGGCUUCGAGAGCCACGACGAGAUCACCGUCACCAGACAGGUAGUUAUAGGAGGGAGGAACAAGUACUUGAUCAAUGGCGUGAAUGCCAACAACACUCGUGUGCAGGACCUUUUCUGCUCUGUUGGACUUAAUGUUAACAAUCCGCAUUUUCUAAUUAUGCAGGGGAGAAUUACUAAAGUCCUUAACAUGAAGCCUCCUGAAAUCUUGGCUAUGAUUGAAGAAGCCGCUGGAACCAGAAUGUAUGAGUGCAAGAAGGUCAGCGCACAGAAAACUAUUGAGAAGAAAGAGGCCAAACUAAAAGAGAUACAAACGAUUCUGGAAGAGGAGAUCACACCUACUCUGCAAAAGCUGAAGGAGGAAAGAUCCUCUUAUUUGGAGUACCAGAAGUUGAUGCGGGAGAUUGAGCACCUUAGUCGCCUCUACAUGGCCUACCAGUUCAUAUGUGCUGAAGAGACAAAAGAAAAGUCGGCCGAGGACCUGAAGGUAAUGCAGGACGGCAUUGGCAAGCUGGAGGAGACCAUGUUGGAGAAUGAACGUAAGGUGAAGGAGUUGUCUCGUGAGAUCCAGGAGCUGGAGAAGAAUAGAGAUGAGGAUGGAGGUGGGCUUUUAAAGUCACUGGAGGAUGCCCUCUUUGAGGCACAGAGAGUGGAUGCAAAAGCUCAGAGUGCCCUGGACUUGAAGAAACAAAAUCUGAAGGAUGAAACCAAAAAGCGGAAGGAGCUGGUCAAAAGCAUGGAAGAAGAUAAAAAAAUGCUAGCAUCUAAGGAGAAUGAAGUGACCAAGGUGAUGGAGAAACUGCACAGCAUCCAGGAGGAAGGACAGAAAGAUGCUGAGGCCCUGGUAGUGGCUCAGCAACAUUUUAAUGCUGUGUCAGCUGGGCUUUCCACCAAUGAGGAUGGAGAAGAAGCCACACUGGCUGGGCAGAUGAUGACCUGCAAGAAUGAUAUGAGCAAGGCAGACACUGAGGCCAAACUGGCACAAAUGAAAUUAAAACAUGCUCAGCAAGAGCUGAAGACCAAGCAGGCUGAAGUGAAGAAAAUGGACAGUGGCUACAAGAAGGACCAGGAUGCUUUUGAAGCUGUGAAGAAAUGCAAGGAGAAGUUGGAGGCAGAGAUGAAAAAGCUGAACUAUGAAGAUGGAAAGGAGGAGAAGCUGACUGAAAGCAAAAGGCAGCUGUCACGUGAUGUUAACAAACUGAGAGAGACCUAUGAAUCCCAGAUGGCCAAGUUUCCAAAUUUGAGAUUUGAGUACAAAGACCCAGAGAAGAAUUGGGACAAGAACCGUGUCAAGGGCCUUGUUGCCAACCUUAUCACAGUCAAUGACAUCUCCAGUGCUACAGCUCUGGAGGUGGUGGCAGGAGGACGCCUAUAUAAUGUGGUCGUAGACACAGAGGUGACUGGAAAAAAGCUCUUAGAAAAGGGUGAACUCAAACGCCGAUACACAAUUAUUCCUCUGAACAAGAUUUCAGCCAAAACCUUAAAUGAAAAUGUUGUGAAUGUUGCGAAAAAUCUGGUUGGAGUAGACAAUGUUCACACAGCCUUGUCUUUGGUGGGCUAUGAGUCUGAACUUCAGAAAGCUAUGGAGUAUGUGUUUGGCACCACGCUGGUCUGUGAUUGCCUUGACAAUGCCAAGAAAGUGACUUUUGACAAGCGCAUCAUGACCAAAACGGUGACCCUGGGCGGAGAUGUGUUUGACCCCCAAGGAACUCUCAGUGGAGGUGCCAGAGCACAGACUGCCUCAGUUCUGUCAAAACUUCAGGAGCUCAAGGAUGUCCAGGAUAACCUGAGAGCAAAAGAAGCAGAGCUGCUUGCAGUCGAGAAAGAGCUAGGCAAUCUGAAGGGAACUGCAGAGAAGUAUCGGCAGCUUAAGCAGCAGUUGGACAUGAAAUGUGAGGAGGCCGAUAUCCUGCAAGCGAAGCUUCAGCAGAGCUCUUAUCAUAAACAGCAAGAGGAGCUAGAGAUGCUGCGCAAGACUAUUGAGGAGAGCGAAGAAACCCUGAAAAAGACUAAGGAUGUUCAAAAAAGAGCAGAGGAGAAGUACAAGGCGCUGGAGGACAAGAUGAAGAACGCUGAGGCAGAGCGGGAGAAGGAGCUUAAGGCGGCACAGCAGAAACUCAAUGCUGCCAAGAAAAAAGCAGAUGCCUUCAACAAGAAGCUGAAAGAUCAACAGCAGGAGGCUGAUGCUCUUGCUUUAGAGCUGGAGGAGCUUAAGAAGGAGCAGGCCAGCUACCAGCAGCAGAUUGAGGCUGUGGAUGAGGCCAUGAAAGCCAUCCAGGAGCAAAUUGAUUCCGUGACCUCUGAUGUAUCCAAAAACAAGGAAGUUGUGAAGCAGGCGCAGGAGAGUCUGGCCAAACAAAAGGAGGUCAUUAUGGCCCAGAACAGAGAAAUCAAGGAGAAGACCACAGAGGCAAACAAGUUGCAGGAGCAGACAAACGAAGCCCAGCUCAAGAUCAAGGAGCUGGAGCACAAUAUCAGCAAGCAUAAGAAGGACAGUGCGGAUGCAGCUGCUAGGGUAGCUAGAAUGCUGGCUGAGAAUGACUGGAUUGCCUCAGAGAAGCACUUAUUUGGGCAGCCAAAUACUGCUUAUGACUUCAAAGCCAACAAUCCCAAAGAAGCAGGCCAGAGGCUAAAGAAGUUAGAGGAGACAAAACAGAAACUUGAGAGGAAUGUCAACAUGAGGGCCAUGAACAUGCUGAGUCAAGCUGAGGAGAAGUACAAUGAGCUGAUGAAAAAGAAAAGAAUAGUGGAGAAUGAUAAGUCUAAAAUACUGAAGACUAUUGAGGAACUGGAUCGGAAGAAGAAUGAAGCGUUGAAUAUUGCCUGGCAAAAGGUUAACAAAGACUUUGGCUCCAUCUUCUCCACGUUGCUGCCUGGGGCAGAUGCCAGACUGGCUCCCCCAGAGGGCUGUGGUGUCCUGGAUGGUCUUGAAUUUAAAGUAGCCCUGGGCAACACAUGGAAGGAUAAUCUGACUGAGCUAAGUGGGGGUCAAAGGUCUCUGGUGGCACUGUCCCUGAUCCUGGCCAUGCUGCUCUUCAAGCCAGCACCGAUCUACAUCCUGGAUGAGGUGGACGCUGCUCUGGAUCUCUCCCACACACAGAACAUUGGCCAGAUGCUGCGCAACCACUUCACCCAUUCGCAGUUUGUGGUGGUUUCACUGAAAGAUGGAAUGUUCACCAACGCCAAUGUUCUGUUCAAGACAAAGUUUGUGGAUGGGGUAUCUACAGUAUCCAGAACAGCUCAGAAGAGUUAAAACUGCAUUAGCAGUGGAUACACCUUCACUAAAACAGUUCAUGGCCAUUGAAUGGUUUGUCUUGUCACUAUAUACAUUAAUAUUUUAUUGCAUAUUAUUAUUUCUCUUAAGUUCAGGACUUCAGUAGU